GCGUGCGGCGGCCAGAGCGGGAAAGAGACUCCCCUUCGCGUGCGAGUUGUGCGGCGGCCGCAGCCGGGCUCGCAAGACUGCAGCAGCGGUAGCAGCGAGGGACUGCGAAGGGACGGGGUGGUGGCGGCGGGGGUCCGCUGUCCCCUCCCGUCCUCGGCUCCCCUUCGGAACGACCCGCGGGAUCGGACGAAAAAUAAAAAUAAUAAAAAAAAAUACAAUAGAAAGAGAAGAAGGGCGAGAAGAUGGAGGAGGAGGAGGGCGGCAGCGGCGCCGCGGGCAGCGGCGAGCAGCUCCUCACCGUCAAGCACGAGCUGCGGACCGCUAAUUUAACAGGACAUGCAGAGAAAGUGGGAAUUGAAAACUUUGAGCUGCUGAAAGUUCUAGGAACUGGAGCUUACGGAAAAGUGUUUCUAGUUCGUAAAAUCAGUGGUCAUGAUACUGGAAAGCUGUAUGCCAUGAAAGUCUUGAAAAAGGCAACAAUAGUUCAAAAGGCCAAAACUACCGAGCACACACGGACAGAACGACAGGUUCUCGAGCACAUUAGGCAGUCGCCGUUUUUGGUGACAUUGCACUAUGCUUUCCAGACAGAAACCAAACUUCAUCUCAUUUUAGAUUAUAUAAAUGGUGGAGAACUUUUUACUCAUCUUUCUCAAAGAGAGCGUUUCACAGAGCAUGAAGUGCAGAUCUACAUUGGAGAGAUUGUGCUUGCCCUCGAACACCUGCACAAGUUGGGGAUUAUAUACCGUGACAUUAAGCUUGAGAAUAUUCUACUUGAUUCUAACGGCCAUGUGGUACUGACAGAUUUUGGUCUGAGUAAAGAAUUUGUGGCUGAUGAAACCGAAAGAGCUUAUUCCUUUUGUGGAACUAUUGAGUACAUGGCACCAGACAUUGUCAGAGGGGGAGAUUCAGGACAUGACAAGGCAGUUGACUGGUGGAGUUUAGGUGUUCUAAUGUAUGAAUUACUCACUGGAGCUUCUCCUUUCACUGUUGAUGGAGAAAAAAAUUCUCAAGCUGAGAUAUCUAGGAGAAUAUUAAAAAGUGAGCCACCGUAUCCCCAGGAAAUGAGUGCUUUAGCUAAAGAUCUGAUUCAGCGUCUUUUGAUGAAAGAUCCCAAGAAGAGGUUGGGAUGUGGCCCCCGGGAUGCAGAUGAAAUCAAAGAGCAUCUCUUCUUUCAGAAAAUAAACUGGGAUGACUUAGCUGCCAAAAAAGUGCCCGCCCCACUUAAACCCGUCAUCCGAGAUGACCUAGACGUGAGUAACUUUGCUGACGAGUUCACGGAAAUGGACCCCACUUAUUCUCCUGCAGCCUUGCCCCAGAGCUCAGAGAAGUUGUUUCAGGGUUAUUCCUUUGUUGCUCCUUCUAUCCUCUUCAAGCGUAAUGCAGCUGUCAUAGAUCCUCUGCAGUUUCACAUGGGAGUUGAACGUCCUGGCGUAACGAAUGUUGCCAGGAGUGCGAUGAUGAAGGACUCGCCAUUCUAUCAGCACUAUGACCUAGACCUGAAGGACAAGCCGUUAGGAGAAGGAAGUUUCUCAAUUUGUCGAAAGUGCAUACACAAAAAAAGUAACCAAGCCUUUGCAGUCAAAAUAAUCAGCAAAAGGAUGGAAGCAAAUACUCAGAAAGAAAUAACGGCUCUGAAACUCUGUGAAGGACAUCCCAAUAUUGUGAAGUUGCAUGAGGUUUUUCAUGAUCAGCUUCAUACGUUUCUGGUGAUGGAACUUCUGAAUGGGGGAGAGCUGUUCGAGCGCAUCAAGAAGAAGCAGCACUUCAGUGAGGCGGAAGCCAGCUACAUCAUGCGGAAGCUUGUUUCAGCUGUGAGCCACAUGCAUGACGUUGGAGUGGUGCAUAGAGAUCUGAAACCCGAGAAUUUAUUGUUCACUGACGAAAAUGACAACUUGGAAAUUAAAGUAAUUGACUUUGGAUUUGCACGCCUCAAGCCCCCCGACAAUCAGCCCCUGAAGACCCCGUGCUUCACCCUUCAUUAUGCAGCUCCAGAGCUCUUGAACCAUAAUGGCUAUGAUGAGUCCUGUGACUUGUGGAGCUUGGGAGUCAUCUUGUACACAAUGUUGUCUGGCCAGGUUCCAUUCCAGUCUCAUGACAGAAGUUUGACUUGUACCAGUGCAGUAGAAAUCAUGAAGAAAAUUAAAAAGGGAGAUUUCUCCUUUGAAGGAGAAGCUUGGAAGAAUGUAUCACAGGAGGCUAAAGAUCUGAUUCAAGGACUUCUCACAGUUGAUCCAAAUAAAAGACUGAAAAUGUCCGGUUUGAGGUACAAUGAAUGGCUUCAGGAUGGCAGUCAGCUGUCCUCCAACCCUCUCAUGACUCCAGACAUUCUGGGAUCUUCAGGAGCUGCUGUGCACACCUGUGUGAAAGCAACCUUCCAUGCCUUUAACAAAUACAAGAGGGAGGGCUUUUGCCUCCAGAAUGUUGACAAGGCGCCCUUGGCGAAGAGAAGGAAAAUGAAGAAGACCAGCACCAGCACGGAGACGCGCAGCAGCUCCAGCGAGAGCUCCCACUCCUCCUCCUCCCACUCCCACGGCAAGACCACGCCCACGCCCACCAAGACGCUGCCGCCCAGCAACCCCGCCGACGGCAGCAACCCAGAGACCCUCUUCCAGUUCACGGACUGAGGGCGCGGGGAUGGCGGGAUGUCCGCGGCGAGCCCUUGCACCUUCUCCUCCCUCAGCAUGCGCCUGAGGGGUGUUCUGUGCUUUAAAAGAUAUGUUCCGUUGGUCUCGGAAUCUGCCUCUUCGUGAAGUUUUUCUGGAAAACUUGUUUGGUUAUCCUUGUCCAAAAGCACUGGACAGAGAGCGUUACUGUGAACAGAGCACAUGUGAUACUUUUUAAUGACCUAGCACGAUGCCAGCAGGACUCUUCUUGAAACAGCAGAGGUUUCUGUAACGGAAGUAGUGACUGGGCAUAUGUCGCGGGCUUUCACAUGUCUGCCAUGUGGAAACCAAGAAGACUUGAUGCCUUUUGCUCUGCCUGGUGGCCACGGUGGGCUUUUUAAGAGACUUGCACCUUUUGGAUAGUGAUUUAUCAGAGAAAAAGGUCUGUUUUUUGAAAAAGAUGCUGUAAUGAAUUUUAUGUGUGGCUUAUUUCUUAAGAGAGAAUUUUAACUUAUUGUUUUUAUUUUAUGGUUAUAUAUGCUGAUAGCCUGCUAUGAUUAAUUGUUUUCUAAAAAGCAGGGAAAAAAAAAGAUUUAAAAGCUCAAGGCCCCAUGCUUGGCAUUUGGGAUCCAUCUGAGAUGCAUGCUCAGCUAUGUAUGUUUUUAAUUUUGCACUGCUGUGUCCUCACAGUUUGUUUUAAUGCAGGAUACUGAGGUCCGUGUCUCUUAGUUUUAUGUAAUAGUGCACUUUGUAAAUGUGUGAGUGCAGCAGUCUGUUCUAUAAGGUGCCGUUUAAAGCACGUGUACUUUGGCCCUUUUUUCAUUGCCUACUUUAAAUUUGCCCCCACCCCUCUUCUGCCCUCCUGUGCAACAAGUAGAAAGGGGUGUGCGGCAUAGUGAGUCACGACACGUGCGCCCCUGUGAGGAAGAACUGGGGACUGACACUUGACACUGUGCUUCACACUUCACACUGUGUUGUGCUACAGUGAGGCACUGCCUCCUGCAGCCGCAGAUUAUGUACAUAAUAUUUUAGAGUCAUGCCUAUGACUUUUCUUGGAACCUUUCUGUUAAAUUUUAAAUCCAUAAAGCAUAUUUUAUAAACUUAUGCAGAGCACUUUUAUUGCUCAAAAUUCUGAAUCAUAAGGAAAACAAGUGCUUUGUGAAGACAUUUCAUUGAAAGACUGCUGCAUAUUAAAAUAUUGAUUAAUUAAUUCCCUAUGCAAAAACUGAAGUGAUAGGAUUUGUAUGUCAUUGUUUUUCUUUUAAAGCCAUCACAUGAAAUGUCAGGACUGAGGAAAGUGAACUUUGUUGUUUACAGGAAUCAUGCUUACAAGACAAUGCCUAACAAACUAACCUUAUAGUUUUUGCCAAUAAUAACUUCUUCAGCAUUAGUUUGAAAUUUGAACAUAUUUAAUAGCAGCAUUAAUUUCAUCCAGUUAUGAAUACUAAAAAUAUUGCACUCUGUGUAAUAGUAGAAUAUUUAUUACAAAGUCAUUGUACAUAUCAAUAGCACAGGAAACAAAAACGGCAAAUAUUAAAAUAUUUUCAAAACAUUGUA